AUGGUUUACGGGGAUAAAAUCAUCACUGUCUACUAUCGACCGGAUCUCGUCUUUUUGUUAUCGCUUCUACAAUGUUUCCUCAACGUGCUUCUCGUGUUUUGGAUUCGUUUAUAUUUGAAGAUUUUGUGCAAAUCGUCGGCUUGUCACCCGAAUCUCCUCGUUCUCCUCUCCUCUCAACCGCUCAUUCAUCUCGUUGCAUUGACAGCGAAAACGAUUCGUUUCCUCGCCGAAUGUGCCGGCCUUAUCACCACUCCUUUCCUCACCGCAAUCAAUUUCAUUUCGGAUAUUGGCCUAUCCGCUACCUGCGUCAUCGUACUUGGCUACUGUAUCGAGAGAAUCGUUGCAAUGAGAAAUAUCGAGUCCUACGAGUUGAUGUUUCGACCGAUUCCGUGGCUUGGCAUCGGGAUUUUAGCAACAUCUCUAGUCUACGCGACAGUACUCUUGUCGUUAUGGUAUCAGCAAAUCUUGAAGAGUCGAGUGAUUUAUGUGGCUCAAAUUGGGCUUUUCUCGUGCUCGGGAUUGUUCUUCAUUGGGAUUAAAAUAAACGCAAAUCGGGCAUACGAGAGAAUGGCGAAGUAUCGAUAUUCGAGUGUCAAUCAAAGAUAUCAAACGGCAAUGAAUUUCAAAGCGGCCAAGCUAUUGCUUUAUUUGGCUCCAUACAAAUGUAUCUCCUCUCUUCUAAUCCUUGUCUCUUAUGCUUUUGUCUACGAUCGAACAAAAGAUCAAUUACUUCCAUUGUACACCGAAUUCUUUUUCCUCUACAAUUAUGCUCAAGUGUCUUUACAAAUUCUCUUGGUGCUCUUGUGUCAUUCAACGUUGCGCCGCUUGCUCUUUGAGACAUUAGCAAUUGAGAAAGUGCGAAAACGCAAAGUGAGUGACUUGUGCGUUCGAUCGGUGACCGGCUCACGAUUGCAAUUCCCCUCAAACGAUGCCACCGAUCUCUACUUUGCCACAUUAAAUAAAGCGUGGGAGUUCCACGAUUCGAUGAAAUCCCAAAUCGAGCAGACGGAAAUCCCGAAAAAGCAAUCGAUCGCCUCAAGACCUCAUAAUGAAGAUAUUUAUAAAGUA